CAAAGGGGAGAGGAAGAGAGCGACGGAAAAGGGGCAAAAAGUUUUGAGGUGCAAUAGGCAAAUAAUUCUGAACCUCAAAGACGUCUGUGCCGACCAGAUUAGCAACAAAGCUUGCUGUAAUAUUGUCGAUGACAUUGUCGGUUCUUGCUAAAAUUCAUACAGCGUGGAUUGUUUAUUUAGCUAGCUAGCUAGCAAGCUAGCUUGACGAGACGGACCUUAGUCAAAGGUGAAGAUAUAUGAAGUAACGCUAGCUACUGUAAACUGUGAUUCAUCAGACAUUCUUUGUAUGAGACCUGUUAAACAUCGUUUCGGACUGGUCCCCGUACAAAUUGGAGGUAAACACUGUUGGGGGCCUGAAAGGCAUAUGGAAGAACAGAAAACCAAAGUGUCAAACUCUGGCACAACAACCCUGGGAUGUGCUUAAUGACACUGAGUAAACUCAUGAAAGGACGCUUCAGAUAAGACCCGCUCCGCUGAACAUCGCAGGUGAGGCCACACCCCCAUUCCCUCAUUGGGAGGGAGGGGGCGGGACUUUCAGGAUGAAGAAGAUUAGCCUUAAGACGAUACGAAAGUCAUUCAACCUGAAGGGCAAGGAGGAAGGGGGUGAGUUUGGGAUCCCGCAGCCUGUGCUGGGCUCCGACUUCCCCAAGGAGGACUCCCUCUUCGGCGGGUGCUACAGCAAGGACCUGGCCGGGUGCGACCUGAGUGAGGAAGAGGAGAAACCCGGACACAAGGGCCGCUCCAAGGGCGAGGGCCUCAUGGGCUCGCUGAAGAGGCGCCUGUCGGCCAAGCAGAAGCCCAAAGUGAAGGGCGGGUCCCCUUCGGUGGGCUGCCCGGACGACGACACCUUCUCCUCCUCCUCGGCCCCCGUGGGCCUCACCGACAUCAAGGCCCAGCGUCCGCUGCGGUCCACCUCCCUCCGCAGCCACCACUACAGCCCCACGCCCUGGCCCCUCCGGCCCGCCAACUCCGAGGAGACCUGCAUCAAGAUGGAGGUGAAGGUGAAGGCGCUGGUGCGCUCGUCCGGCCCCAGCCCGGCCCUCAACGGCGUCCGGAAAGAGUACCCCGACCUGCGGAUGGACAGGGUCUUCCAGGACUCCGGCGACACGCUGAAGAGCGCCGAGCCCCAGAACGGGGACCUUCACCUGGACAUUGACGAACACGUGCCUGUAGUCUUAGGACUCACCCCUCAGGACUAUAUUCAGUACACAAUGCCUUUGGAGGAGGGGCUGUACCCCGUAGAGGGGUCUCAGCCCUUCUGUGUGGACGGCUCCUCCCCCAUGGAGGUGAGUCCGCCGGCGGAGGGGGGGACCCUGGCUCUGGGAGAGGGGGCGAUGGAGCAGGACCUGGGGCUGCCUCCGGACAUCUUCAUGGAGCCGUCCGUGAACGGGCUGCUGAUCGGCUCUGCCGGCCUGGUCCUCCAGGCGUCCCGGAUGGACGCGCCGCCCCUCUCGCCCCUCCUCCCGCCCCAUCCCGCCGCCCUCGGGCCCCGGGGCUUCCACGCGUUCGGCGGGGCGGACGCCCAGGUGGCCGAGCGAGUGCGGCACCACCUGAACUUCGACCCCAACUCGGCGCCCGGGGUGUGCAGGGUGUACGACGCGGUGCAGAGCAGCGGGCCCAUGGUGGUGACCAGCCUGACGGUGGAGCUGAAGAAGCUGGCCCGGCAGGGCUGGUACUGGGGCCCCAUCACGCGCUGGGAAGCCGAGGAGAAGCUGGCCAACCUGCCCGACGGCUCCUUCCUGGUGCGCGACAGCUCGGACGACCGCUACCUCCUCAGCCUCAGCUUCCGCUCGCAGAGCAAGACGCUCCACACGCGCAUCGAGCACUCCAACGGCCGCUUCAGCUUCUACGAGCAGCCCGACGUGGAGGGCCACACGUCCAUUGUGCACCUCAUCGAGCACUCCAUCAAAGACUCGGAGAACGGCGCCUUCUGCUACUCCAGGUCCCGCCUGCCCGGGUCAGCCACGUACCCGGUCAGGCUGACCAACCCCGUCUCGCGGUUUAUGCAAGUGCGCUCCCUGCAGUACCUGUGCCGCUUCGUCAUCCGACAGUACACACGCAUAGACCUGAUCCAGAAACUGCCUUUACCAAACAAAAUGAAAGAUUACUUGCAGGAAAAGCACUACUGAACCACUUAAGCAGGAUGCUGAUAAUGGGACUCAUGUUGCAACUUGCACUUUCUGGUGUCAGGAAGACGGUGGUGUUCAUGGAUACAAAGUUUGGUGCCAUGAUAUUUUUUUUUUGUUUUUUUUGUUUUUUAGAUUUUGAAAUUAUUUUUUUGCAUCAAUAAAUUGUGUAUUAAUCUGGCUCUCCCUUUUUAGCUAGAACCUAAAACCUUUAAAUUUGCUGUUGCUCAGACUCACACUUAAUGAGCAGGAAUAGAUUUGAAGGACAAUAGUACUGUUGUGAUAUUGCAUGCAUGAGUAGAAAGAUGAUUUGAGAUUUUGAAUUUGGUUAUGAGGAACAUGAUUAAUUGAACCUAUAAGCCAUAAAAAAAGUGAAGCUACAGUUUUUUUUGUUUUUCGUUCCAUUUUUUUCCCAAAUAACCAAAGCACAUUGGAAUGCCAGUCUGAAGGGCAUUUGAAAUUGCAUAGACAGGCAGAAUUGAUGCCCAAGAAUUUAAAGUUGUCAUUUACUGGGUUUGCAUUCAUUGGCCAAGAUGACAUCUUUGUUCAUGCCGUACUGUUUAAAGAAAUAAUAGUUUCUUAGGACUGACAAAAAGCAGUUUUCACAAAAAAAUAAAUGCGAGUGUUAAGAAUAA